AUGGCAAAUUUUGAGAAUGAUUCUAAAAACAUUAUUGCUUUAUCUACUUUAAGGAUAUUAGCUUAUUAUCAUUUAUUGGUUCAUACUAUCUUUAAAUCAAUGUUAUUUAUAGCUACUGUUAUAGCUGGGAUUGUAAUUCAUAUAAUAAAAAAUACGCAGGAUAUUCGAUUAUUGGGGAAUUUAAAUGAGAUAAUUCCGUUUGUAAUAAUAAGAUUAAUGGUAUCAAAUAAAGCAUUGAGUGGUGUGCCAUUUAAGUCUGGAUUUUUUAGGAAAGAUUUAAUUAUGGAGUUUCUUAUUUAG